GGAAAAGGAAGCAAACCAGCUGCUAAAAGCACCAACAAGUAGCCUUACUUUAAAAAGCUACCCCAACGUUUAAUUAAAUACAAUAAUAUUUGUACCUUAUUUUCUUGCUGUAGCCCAGGGACCUUGGAGUUCUGUUAAAUGAAUCAGUUUGAUCUAGGCUUGAUAAUCUAAUCAAAAUAAUUUUCUGCAUUUUAUAACAAUUAUUAUCUUUGUUUUUAGGCUAAAUUGUAUUUUUGCCUCCUAUUUUUUAUAAAUUUGUGAUUUUGACACCUUAACUUUUAAAAUAUUACUUUCACAAAUUUACAAUUUUAGCUCAUUUUGUAAAAGGAUGCGCCCCGCCCCCAACUGAAUUUGAUCAAGUCAACAUGCAUGUAGCAAUUAAGUGACUCACACGUAACAUCAGCAUGUUUUGCUACAAGGACAAUGACUCACAUGUCACGUUAACAUGGCUUGCCGCAUGUGCGUUGACUCGUCUAGGGGGCCAAAAUCACAAGUUUAUUCCUUCGCCAAUCCCAAUUUAGUAAGAAAAUUGACACUAAAAUUUUCUUCCUUAAGAGAACAAGCAAGAGAACCUUCCAAUUCAUUUUCAUCAUACCAGUCCAAAAAAAAAAAUUAAUCUUCAUCGUAUCUAAACAUUUAGGAUAACAACUGCGUAAUAUCUAUAGCAAGCCUUAACCCAUAAUAAAUCGUGAUAAGUGCACUUCCAAGUUGAAAAUUUAAAGAUAAAAGUGAAGCUUUUGGUGUCUCAAUCUGAACGAUCUAAAACGGUGAACGACACCUCAAGACAUAAGAGUCCGAAUUCUCAUUAUUUAUAGUUCUCCAAUUGGAUAUAUAAGAAUAAAAUACAUCUCUCUGGAACACAACAGAACAUAUACACAAGUGUUCAACCAAUAGAGAUCCUAUUCUGUAACAAUGUCGACAUGCCAAAACCAUGACCACAUUUAUAUGAAUAUUCUAGACUACAUUUAAUGUGCAAUGAUAAAAGAAAUUUAAUGAAAAAAAUUAAGGUCCACCGAUAAAAACAAUGUUGCAACUCUACUAAAUAUUGAACAGCAGUUUCUAGAUUUUGCUUAAUGUGUACUCCUAUGUAAAUUGUAAACAAAUCUCAUUUCAGUAACAGAGUUUUUUAAAGUAGUUUAAUAAUUAGAAAUUUCACUUUAAAAUAAAUAAGUAAGAUGUUUGGAUUUCGAACUCCGAUCCUUAUCCGGAUUCCGGACCAACUGAGUUAAGCACAGAUAACAGAAUUUUAACUAAUAACAUUUUGCAAAUUGUAACAUUAUAUCUUUAACCUUUACUUUUAAUGACUUAAUAAAAAAAAACUAUGUAGCAUCAAUAUUUUAUUUAUCCAAAGAAAAAGGACUAGUAACUUAUAAACAACGGUUGAUUUGUUAUUUUUUUUUCUUUCGAUGGAUAAGGCACCGUUAUAAAACUUUGAGAUUUGAGAUUCAAAUUCAAUUAUUAAAAAAAAGAAUCGAAAGAGAGAAUGGAUUUGUGAAGAACACUAUGACAGAAAAUGACAAGUGUCCUACCACCUGGACAUGAAAGCACACAUGCUAGACUUAUUGAUUGACACGUGUCUUCAAAGUACCUUUUGGACUCUCUAUUUAUAGCUUCACAAUCCCACACUCUAAAGCUCACAAAACAAAAGCCUGAAAAGUUGCAUUAAUCGGUGCAAAAGCAAGUAACUCUCUGCAUUUCUUUGUGAAAGACUCAAAAUUUCUACAAGCUUUUGAAGUAUGGCUAUGGUGGGAAGAAAUGUUCUAGCUCCAUUGCUGUUUCUGAACUUGCUCAUGUAUUUCAUUGUUCUUGGUUUUGCUAGUUGGUGUCUCAAUAGGUUCAUCAAUGGCCAAACUUAUCACCCAAGUUUUGGAGGAAAUGGUGCUACCAUGUUCUUCUUGGUGUUUGCCCUUUUAGCUUCUGUUCUUGGUAUAGUGUCAAAAUUUAUAGGUGGAAAUCACAUUAGAGCUUGGAGGAGUGAUAGUUUAGCUUCUGCAGGAGCCACUUCAAUCAUUGCUUGGGCUGUUACUGCUCUAGCCAUGGGGUUGGCUUGCAAGCAGAUACACAUAGGAGGACAUAGAGGAUGGAGGCUGAGGAUGGUGGAAGCAUUCAUAAUCAUCCUGACAUUCACGCAGUUGUUGUACUUGCUGCUGAUACAUGCAGGGCUGUUCAACAACAGAUAUGGACCAGGUUAUCGUGACACUGACUAUGGUGUUGGAGGAGGAGCGACUGGUGAUCCUAUGCACAAGGGUGCUCCUGUUGGUGGAACUCGUGUUUAAUCAUAAUCAUUAUCCAUAUAUAUAGCUGUACUUUGUUUUCUUGUUUUUAAUAAUGUUGUAGUUUCCUAGUUGGUUGGGAUUAUGUUCCUGUUUUUCUUUUCUUUUUUUGGGUUUAUUUUGGGUGGAGUUGUUCUUUGUAUGAAAGAAUGUCAGUUUGUAGCAUUGCAUUGUGUAUAUCAAUGGCUGCAAUUGAUUAUGUAUUUGCAA